CUCAUUCCUCUUUGACCGAUCGUAUCAGGUAGUACUGCAAUUGGUAAAAUGUGAAUUUCAUCAUCAACUUCCUACCUGAACUAGUUACAAAACCGGAGCUCACUCGAGGUGAAAUAGAACAGUUUCAUUACAGCGGUCGAAGCAGGCGCACGAAAGUGUUCCGUUCGUCUGAAAAAAGGGCUUGAUGUGAUGCAGCAAAAGGCGAGCAGUAGCUUCUAACCUCAAAUAUUGUGCUCAGUGUGAACGGUGUGGUCCGUCGGUAAAAUACUCCUUAAAGUGGCCGCUUCUGAAGCGGUGUGAAGAUAUCAGUUAGAGCUGGGACGGACACCCCGCAUUCCGCCGAUUACAGAAGAAAAAAAAAAAUGGGACGUGGCAGACCAAGACGUGAAAAUCCAGCCGAAACCGGCGAUGGUCCAGCAGCAAAGAUACAGCGCACAAAGAAAUCCGCUUUCGUUUGCCCCUACAGUGGAACUUCCCUUGGCGACGAUUCCAACCGCGUCGGGAAAUGUGCUUUCCUGCGGACAGGGCGAGUUCGGCCAGCUCGGGCUUGGUGAGGACGUGAUGGAGAAGAGCCGGCCGGCGCUUAUCAACGGGCUGAGCGAUGUGGUGCUGAUUUCGGCCGGCGGCAUGCACAAUCUCUGCCUAACACGGGACGGUAAAGUGUACUCCUUUGGCUGCAACGACGAAGGUGCCCUUGGCCGCGACACAUCCGACGAGGGUUCCGAGUUCGAGCCGAAGCUGAUCGAGCUGCCCGGAUCAUGCGUCAAAAUUUCCGCCGGUGACUCACACUCCGCCUGCCUGCUGAACGAUGGACGCGUCUUUGCGUGGGGCUCUUUUCGGGAUUCCCACGGGAACAUGGGUCUCACGCUGGAAGGCAACAAACGGCUGCCUAUUGAGGUACUUCCAGGCAAUCGGUGGGUCGACAUUGCGUCUGGUUGCGAUCACCUUGUAAUGCUGUUGGACACCGGACACAUCUAUACGGUCGGUUGCGCCGAGCAGGGACAGCUAGGGCGUGUUUCGAUUCGGGCGGCUUCGGGCGAGUCGCGACGCGGCAAAACACAGCUCCUCCAGCCGGGCAUGGUGACGCGGCGUGGUAGAAUCGUCGUAGCCGAUGCGAUCUGGGCCUCCACGUACUGCACCUUCUACAAGGACCGACCGAGCGGCCGGAUAUUCGCCUUCGGGCUUAACAAUUACUGCCAGCUGGGCAUCCCGAAUCCCAGCGAGAACGUCGUCAAACCGGUGUUCGUGCCUGAGCCGACCAGCUUCAGCGAGGUGCAACAGAUCGCGGGUGGCCAGCAUCACACGCUGGUCCUGAAGGAGGACCAUAAGGUGUACGCGAUCGGUCGAAAAGAGUACGGUCGGCUAGGGCUGGGAGAGGUACAAGAGGACGCCAAGACGCUGCAACCGGUCGAGGGUGCACUGGCCGGCAAGAAGGUGGUGUCCGUGUGCUGUGGCGAAAGUACGUCCUUCGCCGUGACGGACGCCGGCGAGGUGUACUCGUGGGGUAUAGGCUCGAGCCAACAGCUUGGCACCGGCAACGAGGACGACGUGACCAGCCCGGUACUGAUAGCGAGUAAGCAGGUACAGGGCAAAGUUGUACUGCAGGUCUCCAGUGGAGGACAGCAUAGCUUGUUCCUGGUGCAGGAAGCCACAGCGAAGCAACCAACGGCCCCGCCGAAGGCAGCAGCUAAACAAACGACGAAAAAAGCGACAACUACUGCUCCGGCCGAAUCAACGACGAAUGGUGACAGCACGGAUGCGCCUAAAACGGGUGACGAUGUCGCGACAGCUGUAGCUACGACAAGCAACGGUGGUACCGGUGCUGGUGGUGGAGGUGGUGGUGGACGGAAACGAAAACUACAAUGAUAGGGCAUUUAAGCCUCAGAAACAUUAUUCGACUACGGUGAAGCCACCGUUCGUUUUUCCUCGUUCAUUGUUGAAAGAUGAUCGUUUCCAGUAUGAUCACCAAGUGGUACACGUAAUUUAUCAAUAUGUUUUUAAAUGGAUUUUGUUGAAUGUAAAAAUUAUUCAACGAUACCGGUACACACAAGCCGCGUGCGAGCCGAUUUUACACGGUCUAUCGUUAAACCGCCACACUUAUUCUGUAGUAAUGUUUCGUUCUUGUUUCUCGUUAUUUUCCCCCCUUUCCUAAACUCGUUUGUUUUUGCGUCCUAUUUUCCAGUUAUCAAACCAAUUGCUAACCCCAAACACAGGGGUUAGCUAUAUUAGCGAAUUGCGGCUCUUUCUGAUCCAUCGUAUAAUUAAUAGAUGCAUCCCAUAUCAUCACUGUCUUGUCCUUAUACCGGGCUCGAUAUCGUCAUCAAUGGUUUGCUUUUCCAAAAACGGAAAUUAUAUUUCUUAAAAAGUAUUUUCUUUUGAGUUUAGUUUCGCUACAUCAUCACCUCUUCUCACACACAAACACAUGGACUCUUUUUAGUGAUAGGAUAGGAAUGUUCUCUUUGAAUGAGUUACACAGCGAAUUCGGCACCACCUGUUCUGCGGUGUGUGCCUGAUUAGGUAGGUUAUGCCUAGGCCAUUCUAUUGUUCCUAAGUGAAUAUAGUUUAAAAGAACUCUCCCGCGCCUGCGCUGUGGAGGUGAAACAAAUCGACUGAGAAGACACAAAUAAAACUUAAAAUAAAUACAAAUUUUUGAUAAAA